AUGAGUGGUUCCUUUGGCUUUAAUGCGUACAGUGACUUCUUGCAGACACAACCAGGGGAUCCGUCACAGUCUCAGACGUUUCCCCUCACCCAACAAUCUCCAUCCCAGUCGCAAUAUACGUUUGUGGAUCCAUUAGACGGCAGUAGCGUCGAUGCGUUUUAUGACCAAUACCAGACAAGUACGUCUUCUUUUUUAGACCAAUCAGCACGUUCGACGGACGACCCCCACCCUUUGUCAACUUACUCGAAGGCGUGUAAAAACGAUCCACGAGCCUUUCAAAGCCUUACUUUUGAAGAAACAGCUGAUGAUGACGUACUUGAGUAUACGGCAAGAGAAUUACCAGCCCAUGCGUGUGCUUAUUGUGGACUACAUGAUCCAGCAUCGGUUGUCAAAUGUGUUACUUCAGACAAAUGGUUUUGUAAUUCUCGUGGCAAUACAAGUGGGUCACAUAUUAUACAACAUUUGGUCCGUAGUAAAAACAAAGAAGUUUCGUUACAUCCGGACUCGCCAUUGGGUGAAACAAUCUUGGAAUGUUACAAUUGUGGCUGUCGCAAUGCUUUUUUAUUGGGGUUCAUCCCUGCAAAACAAGAUUCCGUGGUUGUUUUACUCUGUCGGGAUCCAUGUCUACAAAUGAAUGCAUUGAAAGAUAUGAGCUGGGACAUGUCGCAAUGGUUACCAAUUAUUGAUGAUCGUAGUUUUUUACCUUGGCUCGUGAAAGUACCUUCGGAACAUGAACAAUUACGUGCACGACAAAUUACGUCGAGUCAAAUUGCUAAAUUGGAAGAAUUAUGGCGAGAAAAUCCACUGGCAACCGUAGAAGAUUUGGAUCGACCAGGAAUUGAUGAUGAACCAGUCAAGGUCGUACCUACAUAUGAUGAUGGAUAUCAGUAUCAGAACAUUUUUGGACCGUUGGUGAAAAUGGAGUCAGAUUAUGAUAAAAAGAUGAAGGAAUCGCAAACGCAAGAAGGAGUGAUGGUGCGUUGGGACACUGGGUUAAACAAGAAACGCAAUGCAAUUUUUACGUGUUCAAGACCCGAUUCGGAUUUGAGACUAGUCCCGGGUGACGAGAUUCGGCUUCGUUUAGGACCGACUGCAUGUAUGCUGUAUGGAAAAGACUGGGAAGGUACUGGCCAUGUGCUUCGAUUAGAAGACUCGGAAGUCGCACUCGAGAUGCGUAGCAACAACGUACCGCUGGAAAUUGCGGACGGGUACCUGGUGGACUUUGUCUGGAAGUCGACAUCAUUUGACCGUAUGCAGGCAGCUAUGAAGACUUUUGCGGUAGACGACACGUCACUGACAGGGUACUUGUAUCACAAGAUCUUAGGUCACGCUGUUGACGUGCAGCCUUUGCGUAUUCCACGCUCGGUAGGCACGCACUUUUCGGCCCCUGGACUUCCCGAAUUAAAUCCACCGCAAAUGGAAGCAGUGAAGGGUGUAUUGGAGCAGCCUCUUAGCUUGAUUCAAGGCCCUCCAGGCACAGGCAAGACGGUAACGUCGGCUUCCAUCGUCUUUCACAUGUCAAAGCAGAACAUGGGCCAAGUGCUGGUGACAGCGCCAAGCAAUAUCGCUGUGGAUCACCUGACGAUGAAGAUUAGUGCGACGGGACUUCGCGUAGUUCGUCUUGCGGCAAAAAGUCGUGAGGCCGUAGCCUCUUCGGUUGAGCAUUUGUCCCUGCAUGCAAUGAUCAAGUCACUCGACUCGCCGGACAAGGCUGAUUUGCGCAAACUCAUGCAACUGAAGGACGACCAGGGUGAGUUGUCGUCGCAGGAUGAAAAGCGUUUCAAGUCCUUGAAACGCCAGGCAGAGCGCGAGAUCUUGCAAGCCGCGGAUGUUAUUUGUACGACGUGUGUUGGUGCAGGUGAUCCGCGUCUGUCUAACUUUCGUUUCCGCCAAGUACUCAUUGACGAAGCUACCCAGGCAACGGAACCUGAGUGUCUGAUCCCGAUUGUUCAGGGUGCUAAGCAUGUGGUGAUGGUAGGCGACCACCGUCAGUUAGGACCUGUCGUCAUGAACAAAAAGGCAGCAAACGCUGGGUUGAACCAGUCGCUUUUUGACCGUCUCCUGGUGCUCAACCACCGUCCAUUCCGCUUGCGUGUGCAGUAUCGCAUGCACCCGUUUCUGUCAGAGUUUCCCUCAAACCGAUUUUAUGAAGGUGAGCUGCAGAACGGUGUGUCUGCAAGUGAACGUCAGCUUUCUAGCGUCGACUUUCCAUGGCCGAAUCCGAACAAGCCGACGUUUUUCUACAUUUGCUUGGGCGCAGAAGAAAUCAGUUCGUCUGGUACGAGUUACUUGAAUCGCACGGAGGCGAGUAACGUGGAAAAGAUUGUUACGACGUUCCUGAAGGCCGGGGUGCUGCCCUCGCAGAUCGGUGUUGUUACACCUUACGAGGGCCAGCGUGCUUAUGUGGUUAGUUACAUGCAGCGCAAUGGACCUAUGCGCUCUCAACUCUACAGGGACGUGGAAGUGGCGAGCGUGGAUUCUUUCCAAGGUCGGGAGAAGGAUUUGAUCAUUUUGUCAUGCGUGCGUUCAAACGAGAAUCAGGGUAUUGGUUUUUUAAGCGACAAGCGCCGUUUGAAUGUGGCUCUAACGCGUGCCAAGUACGGUGUCAUUGUGCUGGGCAACCCACGUGUCCUGGCGAAGCAAUCCCUUUGGAAUAUGUUGCUAAAUCACUACCGUGACAAUCAUCUCAUUGUGGAAGGACCACUGAACAAUUUAACGCCGUCGCACAUGCAGUUCCCUCCACCGCGACACCAGGGACGUGGCGCUCCUCGUAAUGGCAUCGGAUCUCAUCGUCAACGUGAUUUAGUGCCUCCUCUCGACUCGCGCUUCGACCCGCGCUAUGACCAGUUGGGAAUGUCUUCUUUUGACUCGCUUGGGGCUGGUGGGGCGCCGCCGCCUACACCACAGCAGCGUGGAGGCCUACGUCGUGGGCCGCACGCUUAUGCUCCUGGAGGUAUGGGUCCAUUAUCUCAGGACGGCAUGGCCCAAUCGUCUGUGGCUGGGAUGGAUGGUCCAUUCACGCAGGUGGCACAGACACAGUCGUUUAGCCAAAUGUCGAGUGACAAGUUUGGAGUGUCACAGGAUAGCUUUGAGUACGAGCACGACUAUAAGUCGCAGAACAUCCCGAUGUCGCAAGACACCCGCCAUUCCGGCAGUGGCUUCUACUAA